GUGAUGCCACACGCACACACACAGUCGUCGCACGAGAGUUCAGUCCGACUAUGUUAAACGCGUUUCCUCCGCGUAAACAUUCAUUGGCAAGAAUUUGUUUUUUGUUUUUCUCUUGUUUUGCAUUCAUCACUCACUCGGUUUGUAAAUAGCUGUGCCCCUGGAGACAGCUACACAGCGCUCAUUCUGCGCUUGGCUUUUCCCCCGGACCCCUGCUACCCUGUUCACUUUAACCAGCUUCACGCGGUGUGCAGUUCUUGUAGAGCGAGCGCAGAGCACAUCCCAGUCAGUCUUCACUUCUCCUCUCUCCCGUUCACUCCGGGAUGGAGCUGUCCUCCUAGCACAGCAGAAGUGUACUUCAGCAGUUGGCAACUUGGUUUCACGUUAAGGAGAAGCUGAAGCAAGCGUCAGUUCUUCUUCUGACAAGAUUUCUUUCAGCUCCGAGCAUUAACUUCGCUGUCGCAAAUCUGCAAAAUGACAGCAACCGGACUACAUCCACGCUUUGUGCUCCUGCUUUGCUUCAUCUCCACCGCGGCGUGCAAUACGUUUGCAUUCACCGAGGAGCCUUCUGACAGAGGCGGGAAGGCGGACGGGUAUUGUAGUCGGGUAUUACGGGCUCAGAGCAAUAGGAAAGAGGGCAACAGCGAGUUUCGGCUCCGGGUAGAAGGAGACCCUGAGAGCUAUCAGCCAGGGAGCACAUACAGAGUGACUGUGACUGCAGCCAGCCCCUCCUACUUCAGAGGGUUCACCCUUAUUGCCCUAAAGGAUGGUGCAGAAGGUGACAAGGACGAGGACUAUGCUGGGAAUUUUCAGAUAAUUGAUGAAGAGGAAACACAGUUUAUGACCAACUGCCCCCCUGCAGUGACAGAGAGCACUCCUCGCAGAAGGACCAGUAUCCAGGUGUUUUGGACUGCACCCCCUAGUGGCUCCGGUUGUGUUUUUCUCAAGGCUAGCAUUGUGCAGAAAAGGAUAAUCUAUUUCCAGGAUGAAGGCUUACUCACCAAGAAACUGUGUGAGAGAGAAUCCCUGUAUGGAGAUACUACUGAUAAACCAUUGCUUGACUGUUGUGCCUGUGGAACGGCAAAGUACAGAGUCACCUUCUAUGGAAACUGGUCAGAGAAGAUUCACCCCAAAGACUAUCCCCGUCGUGCCAAUCAUUGGUCAGCAAUAAUUGGUUCCUCCCACUCUAAGAACUAUGUCCUGUGGGAAUAUGGGGGCUUUGCCAGUGAAGGUGUCAAACAAGUGGCUGAGCUGGGUUCACCAGUUAAAAUGGAGGAGGAGAUCAGACAGAAGGGUGAUGAAGUCCUGACAGUCAUCAAAAUGAAAGCACAGUGGCCAGCCUGGCAGCCGCUUAACGUGCGGGCUGCCCCCUCAGCAGAAUUUUCAGUAGACCGGACACGUCACCUCAUGUCCUUCCUGACGAUGUUGGGGCCCAGUCCAGACUGGAAUGUAGGUCUGUCUGCUGAGGACUUGUGUACAAAGGAGUGUGGUUGGGUCCAAAAGGUGGUCCAGGACCUUAUCCCCUGGGAUGCAGGCACUGAUAGUGGGGUGUCAUAUGAGUCUCCCAACAAGCCUACCGUGCCCCAGGAUAAAAUCCGUCCCUUAACCAGUCUGGAUCAUCCACAAAGCCCUUUUUAUGAUCCUGAGGGGGGUGCUAUUACCCCUGUGGCGAGGGUGAUGGUCGAACGCAUUGCCAGAAAGGGUGAACAGUGCAACAUUGUCCCAGACAAUGUGGAUGACAUUGUAGCAGAUAUUGCCCAGGAGGAGAAAGAGGAAGAUGAUACUCCUGAGACAUGUAUCUACUCAAACUGGUCUCCAUGGUCUGCCUGCAGCUCGGCCACUUGUGAAAAGGGCAAACGGAUGAGGCAGAGGAUGCUGAAGGCACAGUUGGACCUCAGUGUUCCCUGCCCACACACUCAGGAUUUUGAGCCUUGCAUGGGGCCUGGAUGUAGUGAUGAGGAUGCUUCCACUUGUAUGAUGUCAGAGUGGAUAACCUGGUCUCCAUGCAGUGUGUCCUGCGGUGCAGGGACACGUUCCAGGGAGCGUUAUGUUAAACAGUUCCCCGAUGAUGGCUCAAUCUGCACUCUGCCCACAGAGGAGACUGAAAACUGUGUGGUAAAUGAGGAAUGCUCUCCCAGUAGUUGCCUAGUUACAGAAUGGGGUGAAUGGGAUGUCUGCAGUGCCACUUGUGGUCUUGGCAUGAAAAGGAGAGAGCGAAUGGUGAAGAUGCCGCCUGCAGAUGGCUCCAUUUGUGGGGCAGAGGUUCUAGAAGUGGAGAAGUGUAUGAUGCCAGAAUGUCAUACAAUUCCCUGCUUACUGACUCCGUGGUCUGACUGGAGUGAUUGCAGUGUAACUUGUGGGAAGGGUUUGAGGACACGGCAGCGUAUGCUCAAGUCGCCUGUGGAACUGGGAGAGUGUACAGAAGAAUUAGAACAGGUUGAGAAGUGCAUGCUACCAGAGUGUCCCAUAGACUGUGUCGUGUCAGAGUGGAGCGAGUGGUCAGAGUGUAAUAAGUCGUGUGGGAAAGGUCAUACAAUCCGAACACGCAUUGUGAUGCUUGAGCCUCAAUUUGGCGGAGAUCCUUGUCCUGAAGGGGUCCAGCGGAAAAAGUGCAAGAUCAGGAAGUGCAACCGAGGACAAGGCAACAGUGAUGAGAAGAAACGUCGCAAGGAACAGCGUGACAAGAGGAGGAGCAAACAGGGCAGAGCUGAAGGCAACUCCGAGCAUCCAGGGUGUAGAAUGAGACCAUGGUCAAGUUGGACAGAAUGUACAAAGAUUUGCGGCGGAGGAAUUCAAGAACGCCUCAUGACAGUAAAGCAGAAGUUUAAGACUGCCCAGCUGUCCAGCUGCAAGGACAGGAAGGAGAUCAGAGCUUGUAAUGUUCACCCAUGCUAGGAAGGAGUAGGGGAACAGAGGGUGGUGCGGAUGGGAGGAUGGGUGGACUGGGAAGAGUACAGGGCACACUGUUGCACAAUGAUCCAAUGCACUCUGUUUAGGGCUGAAACGACACAUUCUUGAAUCUGUAUUGGUUAAAUCCAGACUUCAGGUCAGCUGUCGUUAAGAGAAGAAAAAAAGUCAAACAUUUCUCUGUAAGUCUGGAUUUAAACUUUAAAGCUGAUUCUUUUGUGCUUUCAAACUAGCUCUGACAUGACUCUUUUGCAACAUUACUGUAAACUUGUUGUGGUAAAUUAUAUCUUGAAAAAUAUAAUUAUGAACUAUAAAUUGUUUUCAUAAAAAGAAGAACUGUUAUAUCUUGUGGUAUCCUUAAGUAGUACAGUAUAUUCCAGACUUUAAAGCACAGGUGCCCAGCCAUUCCAGUGUUUUAUAUGCCUUCAGUUGUUCAGUUGUUUCUAGGGAACAAAAAGCCCAGUUGACUUUAUACCCGGCUAUGUCGUUGUACAUGUAGAUGCACCACAGCUGACAUCUAUAUGGUUUGGAGCAUUAUUAGAAAAUUUAUUAUUUUUUUGCAGUGGAAUUUUUUGAUAAGAAUGUGUCCCAAGAUUCUUACCAAAGUCUUGUGUAGAUGUUUUCUAGAUGUAUUUCCCUCAUUUUGUUUAUCUCUGUUCCUCUAACAUAUUAAUAUUUUGGAAUAAUAUCACCUUUACAAUAAAAGUAAAUGUGACAGCUUG